CCUGGCACAGGCUGUGCAGCACGCCCAGGCCUUAAUCUAAGCAAACGGUGGCAUCCCCACCAUUUGGGUUUUUCAUUCUCCUUCGCCGCCGAGUCUUGCUCCGUUUUCGAACUCUCCGUUUGUCGCCGUUUAGUGGUCGCCCUCUUGCUCUGUUUCUCUCCGACAGUACCAAGUGCCUUGAUAAUGGGAUCAGUGAGAUGGAAAUUUAUAUUCUUUCCAUGGGAGGUGAUUCUGUACAAUAUUUCUGGAAUAUCGUAUGAAUGACUUUAGACCAAUUCUGAGCAGUUUUGGAGAUGGAUCUCAAGGUGGAUGUGAAGUGGAUCUGAAUAUUCCCACAACAAUCAUGGAUUCUAAUGUCAUCAUGGACAAUACAAUUAUAGAGCCUCGUGAUGACAUGGAAUUUGAUUCUCAUGAAGCCGCAUAUAUGUUUUACAAAGAAUAUGCGAAGUCUGUGGGGUUUGGCACUGCCAAAUUGAGCAGUCGCCGAUCUAGGGCAUCGAGGGAAUUUAUUGAUGCAAAAUUUUUAUGCAUAAGAUACUAAGGUGGAUCCAGCGAGUUCGGUGCAUUUUCAUGGGGCUGUUUCGACUCCGGGCUUGGACGCCGGGAACUUCACGCCUGGUGCCUCUUCCUCUACGUGGGCUCCGGCUCUGGGACAUGUAGCCGCCUCCUCAUCUCUCGACGGCCAGCUUCGUUCGCUGGUGAGGGAGUCAUCUGUGCUGGUUUCGGUAGGCACAGAUCCAGCCGCACGGGGGAAUGGUUCUCAGAACAGUUCUCAGAGCCUAGUCACCGACUCUCCGACUUCGACUCCAUCUCCGGGUGUAGGUGCUGGGCAGCUCCAAGGACAGUCCAGGCUCGUGGGUUGAUGCUUCUCGCCCCUUUGUAGCUCUGAGGUGCAGGUGGAGGUAGAGGCGGUGCAGAUGGAGGAACCGGGUCAGCAGAGGGAGGGGGAGCUGAUAGUUGGGUCCGGUGCAGCAGGGUAUAAGUUAUUUUCGAAGCAGGAGCAGUUGAAUUGUAGUGAUAUCCCUGUCUUGUGUUUAGAGGGUGGUCUAGUGAGGGUGAAGGACUCGGCGCUUUCGCAGUUGAGAAGUGUGGAUAUGCUGAGUGUGCCUCGGGAGUUGACAGGGAAUGUGUUUGGGCAUCAAACGGUGGAUAUGGAGAUUGUUCCAUGCUUUGGCAGUGCUGGAGGGGAAGGUUGUGAGUGGAUGGGGGGGCCAGUGGUGGACUCAGUGUCCUCUGGUCUACAGGUUGGAUUGUUGGGUGAGGCCUCAAGAAGCAUUGCUCCCGAGGUUGCUGGUUUGGUAGAGUUCAAGGAGGGGGGAGGGGCUGUUGAUGUGGGUUCUCCUCUCAAUGCCUACUCUCUAGACUUGGGUGGCAUGGGGUACUCGGACUGGGUGAUGCAGAGUGCUAACGAGAUUUAUCCCAUUGUUGGGAUGACGUUCGUGGGGCAUAAAUUGCAAUUGUUAGCUUUUCUGACUUGUAUAGAAGAGGAGAGAAAAGAGGAGCGUCGCUUGGGUAAAGGACGCACGAAGGGUAAGAGGGAGAUUAAGAAUUUGGAGAGCUCUAUUAACUAUGAUGCCAAAGGUUCCGGAUUGAGUAGCGGUAAGAGGAGGGCAAGGGGGCUAGUAGUAGUGCCAUGAAGCCGAAGAUUCUUUCUUGGAACGUAAGGGGGCUGAAUAAUAGGCGUAAACGCUUAAGGAUUUGCAAUUUGCUCAGAGAUUGGAAGGUGGAUCUUAUUUGCCUCCAAGAAACAAAAGUUAAGGAUCCUUCUAGGAAAUUUGUGCGUAGUCUUUGGGGGUGUAAUUAUGUGGAUUGGUGUUGUUUGGAUGCUUGUGGGGCCUCAGGGGGUAUCCUUAUAUUGUGGGAUAAGAGGGUGGUGGAAAAGGUAGAUGUGUGCGUGGGGAGUUUCACACUUGCAGUUUCUUUCAGGAAUGUUGAUGAUCACGUUGAGUGGGGUUUUGUGGGCGUGUAUGGUCUGAAUUGCAGGGUUGAUCGGAGGGGUCUUUGGGAUGAGCUGGCUGGGAUUAUGAGUUGGUGGAGUUUGCCUUGGUGUAUAGGGGGAGAUUUCAAUAUUACUAGGUUCCCUAGCGAAAGAUCUGGAGAUGGUAGUGUGUCCGCAAUGAGGGACUUUUGUGAUUUUAUCUCUGACCAGGGUCUUAUGGAUUUUCCACUCGUUGGAGGUUCCUAUACGUGGUCGAUCUCCUGUGAUCCUCCUGUUUGGUCCAGAAUUGAUCGUUUUCUUGUCUCUCCUGAUUGGGAAGAAAGGUUUCAUGAGGCGUCUCAGAAGAGGCUUCCCCGCCUUUUCUCUGACCACUUUCCUAUUCUCCUCGAUUGUGCUCACUCUUCUGCAAGAAGUAGGCCGUUCAAGUUUGAGAAUAUGUGGCUCAAGGUGGAUGGUUUUGUGGGGUUGGUGAAACAUUGGUGGGACUCAUUCUCUUUUCAUGGCUCUCCUAGCUUUGUGCUUGCAUGUAAACUAAAGGCCCUCAAAUCUAAUUUGAAGACAUGGAAUGUAGAGGCCUUUGGUAAUGUGGAGAGGAACAAGAGAAAGCUUCUUGAGGAGCUUCAGGCGAUUGAUACAGUGGAAGGCAGUAGGGCUUUGGUUGAGGGGGAAAUUCAAAAGAAGCUGGAGGUUGUCAGUGAGUUAGAGAGAUGCUCACUGUUGGAGGAGGUCUGCUGGAGGCAAAAGUCCAGGGUGACGUGGUUGAAAGAAGGAGAUAAAUGCACAAAAUUCUUCCAUUCUAUAGCCAAUUCAAACAGAAGGUAUAACUCUAUUGAUUCCUUAUUGAUCGGAGAUUCCAUUUCUUCUAAUCCGGCAGAGAUAGGGGAGCAUGUGGUUUAGUUCUAUCAAGAUCUCUUCUCUGAGAAGCACAGUUGGAGGCCUUGGUUGGAUGAUCUUUACUUUGAUGCCAUUUUAGAGUCAGAAGCAAGGUGGUUGGAGAGAGCCUUUGAGGAGGAGGAAGUUAGAAAGGCAGUGUUUGCUUUUAAUGGCGACAAAGCGCCGGGUCCGGAUGGCUUCACUAUGGCUUUUUUCCAAGCUUGUUGGGAGGUGGUGCGCUUGGACAUUAUGGAGGUUUUUCUGAGUUUCAUGCUAGAGAAGUUUUUGAGAAAAGUUUGAACGCUUCUUUUAUUUCUCUUAUUCCUAAGACUCCAGGAGCUUUGUCUCUCAAAGAUUUCCGGCCCAUAAGCCUUGUAGGAGGUAUCUAUAAGAUUAUUGCUAAAGUCUUGGCCAACAGAUUGAAGACGGUUAUGGACAAGGUUAUCUCCAAAUCCCAGAGUGCUUUCAUUAAAGGGAGGCAGAUUCUUGAUCCAAUCCUUAUUGCGAAUGAAUGCCUUGAUAGUCGUAUUAAAUCAAGGGAGCCGGGAGUCGUUUGCAAAAUGGAUUUAGAAAAAGCUUAUGAUCACGUUAAUUGGGAGUUUCUGUUGUAUAUGUUGAGGAGAUGCGGCUUUGGAGGAAAAUGGUGUUCGUGGAUAGCUCGGUGCAUUUCUUCUGCAAAGUUUUCGGUGCUAGUUAAUGGCUCACCAUACGGCUUUUUCAGCAGCUCUCGAGGCCUAAGGCAAGGAGACCCUUUGUCUCCCCUUUUGUUUGUGUUUGUUAUGGAGGCGCUGAGUCGUAUGAUUACUGCAGCAGUGAGUGGGGGUGUGUUGGAUGGUUUCAAAGUGGGUGAUGCUUCUUUUUCCCACCUUUUGUUCGCUGAUGACACAUUGAUUUUCUGUGAUGCUAGCUCCUCCAAGAUUUGGUCUUUGCGAAGUCUCUUGCUCUUAUUUGAGGCUGUAUCGGGUCUUAAGGUUAACUUGGCCAAAUCCAGCAUUAUUCCAGUGGGGAAUGUCGCUAAUGUGGGAAGGUUAGCUGACUUUUUAGAGUGUGAAGUUGCUUAUUUGCCUGUGAUGUAUCUGGGUCUUCCAUUGGGGGCUCCUUACAAGUCUACUCGUAUUUGGGAUGGAGUUAUUGAGAAGGUUGAAACACGGUUGGCUAGUUGGAAAAGGUUAUACCUCUCUAAGGGAGGGAGAGUGACCCUUAUCAAGGGUACGCUCUCUAACUUACCUACGUACUACAUGUCUCUGUUCCCUAUACCGGUGAGUGUUGCUUCUCGCAUUGAGAAGUUGCAACGCGAUUUUCUUUGGGGUGGAAUGGGUGAAGAUUUUAAAUUCCAUUUGGUGAAUUGGGAGAAGGUUUGUACUCCAAUUUCGAAUGGGGGGCUUGGCAUUAGGAAGUUGGUUCAGUUCAAUCGCGCAUUGCUAGGUAAAUGGUUAUGGCGAUUUGGCAUGGAUAGAGAUGCUUGGUGGAGAGUCGCGGUGGACUCCAAGUAUGGAAGUUUGUGGGGUGGGUGGUGCUCCCGAGAGGUUGCUGGGGCGUUUGGAGUAGGGUUGUGGAAGUUUAUAAGGAAAGGUUGGGAGAAUUUCUCCAAAUUCCUUAGAUUUGAGGUGGGGGAUGGGAGCAGGAUUAGAUUUUGGCAUGACUUGUGGUGUGGAGAUUCGAUUCUGAAAGAAGUGUUUCCUGAUCUCUUUGGCAUUGCUCGGGUGAAGGAUGCGUCAGUGGCUGAUAAUUUGGAGAGUUUGGGCGAGUCCAUUCAAUGGAACGUGAGCUUUAUUAGAGAGGCUCAUGAUUGGGAAGUCGAUGUUUUUGCCUCUUUCUUCCAGGUGCUGGGCUCUACCAAGGUGAAUUUUGAGAGGGCAGAUUGUCUUAAAUGGGUCCCGUCCAAGAAAGGUGUGUUUAGGGUGAAGUCAUAUUUUGGUUCUAUGAUGUGUGCUGGAGGUACUCGGUUCCCAUGGAAGUGUGUGUGACGGUCUCAGGCUCCCCCGAGGGCAGCUUUCUUCACUUGGUCAGCAGCUCUAGGCAGAAUUCUUACCUUGGACAAUCUUAGGAAGAGGAACAUAAUUAUUGAAUUUAUUGUGGAUAGAUGCUGUCUUUGCAAGCGGGAUGGGGAAUCAGUGGACCAUAUUCUUCUGCAUUGUGAUCUGGCCUCAGCUCUAUGGAACAACAUUUUCUCCCGCUUUGGUUUUUCGUGGGUCAUGCCUAGGAGUGUGCUUGACUUAGUUGCUUGUUGGUGGAAGUCUGGGAGAUCUGGGAGCGCUACUUCUUGGAAGAUGGUGCCUAUGUGCUUUUUUUGGUGUAUUUGGAGAGAAAGAAACCUUAGGUGUUUUGAGAAUCUAGAGAGCUCCCUAGAAGAGGUGUUAGAGUUGUUUCUCCAUACCUUGUAUGUCUGGUCGAUGGCUUAUUUGUACCCUUUAUCUAUCAGCUUUGUUGAAUUUCUUGCUUCUUUUUCGCUUUCUAGUUAGGUGUUUUCUGUUGUAUACUUCUAGUGUACGUAGGGGCGCCUUACACUUUUAAUAAAACUAUCAUUACUUAUCAAAAAAAAAAUUAGAGUUAGUUGUUGUUGGCAUAGUAGAUGAUUUUGGAGGUUUGGCUCUUAUCUUUGGUUGUAGGGUGUCCUCUUUGCCUAUGAAGUAUUUGAGUCUUCCUCUGGGGCUUCUUAUAAGGCUAAAUUGAUUUGGGAUGGCAUUCUUGAGAAAAUGGAAUGUUGUUUGGCAUGUUGGAAGAGGCUCUAUUUAUCGAAUGGUGGUAGGCUGGCUUUGAUUAAAAGCACUAUCUCCAAUUUGCCAACCCAUUAUCUAUCCCUUUUUUACAUACCUGUAGGAGUUGCCAAUUGGAUUGAAAAACUUCGAAGGGAUUUUCUGUGGGGUGGAGUUGGUGACAAGUUUAAGUUAUGUCUAAUAAGUUGGUCCAAAAUUUGUUCUCCAGUUUGCUCUGGUGGUUUGAGGGUUAGAAAUCUAAUUCAAUUUGCUCUCUUGGGGAAGUGGUUAUGAUGUUUUGCCAUAGAAAGAGAAGUGUUGUGGAGAUCGGUUAUGGAAACCAAAUAUGAUAGUAUGAGGGGAGGAUGGUGUUCAAG